UUCACGGCGGGAGUCACAGCAAUCAACACAAUCUCUGUCUUCUUAGCUGUAGCCUGGCAGCGGCGGGCCAGCGGCUAUACUCCUUUAUCUCACUACAGCGGCGCUGCAAAGUCAGGUGGUAACAUGACUCAAACGUCGCCAUCGGCUUCCCAAUAAGGAGAUAGAAGAGCGGAAGCAGCAAAAGCAGCAAAAACACAUGAUUGGAGACGGGACCGCGUAUCCGUAUAUCGAUGCAAUAGACCUCGAUAUCGAGGGCAACAGCUAAAGCAUGGUCCCGCCCGCCGUAGCCCGCCUCUCACGGGUUUGGUUUCCAAGCGGCGGUAUCGCCGUCUCCGGGGCCGAAGAUGCUCACUCCAAGCUGAUCCGUGCCGGCUUCCUGCGCCAAUCGAACGCCGGCAUGUUCCAUAUGCUGCCGUUGGGUCGGCGGGUGCAGGACAAGGUCGAGGGCUUGGUCGCGAGUCACAUGGAGGAACUGCUGGGCGCGUCUAGAGUGUCGUUGUCCACGAUAUCCGCCGAAGCUCUCUGGAAGAAUAGCGGCCGGCUGGAAAAGGUGGCGUCUGAACUGUUCAGGUUCUCCGACCGCAGAGAUGUGCCCUAUUUGCUCGCCCCUACGCAUGAAGAGGAAAUCACGUCUCUGGUGGCCCGGACGGUCAAGUCAUACAAGGAGCUUCCCCUCAGGCUGUAUCAAAUCACACGCAAGUACCGGGAUGAGCUUCGUCCGCGCCACGGCCUCCUCCGCGGCCGAGAAUUCAUCAUGAAGGACCUGUACACUUUCGACAACAGCACUCAAUCGGCUCUUGAGACGUACGAGAACGUGCGUGCCGCCUACAGCAAAAUCUUUGCCGCCUUGAAGCUACCUGUCGUACCGGUGAAGGCCAGCUCUGGCGAUAUGGGAGGCGACUUGAGCCACGAGUAUCAUCUACCGACGCCUCUCGGAGAGGAUUGUGUCGUCAGUUGUGCCGACUGCGGCUAUUCGGUUAACGAGGAGAUAGCGAGCUCCCCCAUAUCCGACUUCGUUCCUGACGGCAUUUCCUACAACACUUCGUAUGAGAUUUGGCGGGGCAUCACGAAGGACCGGACAAAGCUGGUCAAUGUUUGGUAUCCCAAGUGGACAAGAACGCUGAGUAGCCAGAAGUUGCGCGAGCACACGGCUCAAGACGUCAACCUAUCCGUCGUGAAAUCCAUCGAGCCAGAUCUCGAUGCAGGGGUGGAAGAUGCGCUUCCGCUCUGGGCGGCCGCGGUCGCCGCCGAAACGAGAACCGCGGUCAAGGUGGUCAAUGUCAUCGACAGCCGCCUAGGAACUUCGUUUUUGGACGCUCUAACUGGCCACUCGCCAGAUAUUUCGAGCUGGCCUUCUGAGCUGAACCCACCAAUAUCCUCUCUGCCCGUUUCAUCACACCAUGAGGAUGCUCGCGGUGUACCACUUAACCUCUUGCGAAUCCGUACGGGCGACAAGUGUCCUCAGUGCGUGAUAGGCAGCCUCAAAGUGGACAAAGCUAUGGAACUCGGCCAUACCUUCUUCCUUGGGACAAGAUACUCGGAGCCGCUGGGAGCCAUGACUACCAUCCCGCCCGCCUCGCAUCCAUCCCCCAUGCAGAUGGGAUGCUACGGAAUUGGCAUAUCCCGCGUUAUAGGAGCGGCUGCUGAGCACCUAGCCGACAAGACCGGCCUGAACUGGCCGAUCGCUAUGGCGCCAUAUUCGUGUGUCGUUGUUCCCGGAAACGACUGCGACGACGGCGACGCCGAACAAGUUUACAACCAGAUCAGCAGCAUUUCGGGACCUGGGAGGGGCCUCGUCGAUGUCAUUCUCGACGACCGGAAGAGGAGUCUUCCCUGGAAGCUUACUGAUGCAGACCUCAUUGGUUUCCCAGUACUCGUGCUACUUGGCAGGGAAUGGCGCACAACUAAGAGAGUAGAGGUGCAAUGCCGAGCGCUGGGAUUGAAGCAAUUCGUUGAAAUAGCGGAUCUGCCCACUCUGGUCGGGCAACUGCAUGCGCAAUUGUGAUGGCUUAGUUCUCACCGCUUGGGAGAGAGUGCAUAAAGGCCUUGAGUAGGUACUUAAAUAUGUUUCAAGUGCUACUUGAAUGCAGUAUUGUUUAAUAUUAUAUGUGUUAUGUAUAUAGAUACAAGAUGCGUUGUUUGGCAUUCUAUCAGUAGAAGGAGGGUGUCACGGCGGGACAGGCGGACAAUCCAAUGACAAUUGUAUUCGGGC